GAGCCGCCGUCUUCGCCCCACGCUGGCUAGGCUUUGGAUGACAGCUCCCGUCGUUGUGGUGCUCGGUUCCACAGACGCCGCCGCAUAAAGGAUGUGAGGGAGCGGGGGGCUGGCGUUUUUCCGCAGCAAACGUGCGGCUCUGCCCACCGGAUCCCGGAGUAGCCGCGUCUGAUUGCGCUGCCGCACGACAUCGCCGUUUCCUUCCUCCGCCGAAGUGCGAAUAAGUGGAUACGCACACUUUUGCACGGCGUUUAGCCGCCGGCCGGUCGGUAUGUACGAGGUGCUUUAUUGAACCCGCUUCUUUUUUUACCUACAGCUUAUUCACCUUUAAAUUACUUCUUCAUCUGGUGAGAAUUUGGUGAAGACGCGACUAUCUGCCUGCUUCAUUAUCACGCUUUUCAUUUACCGCUGCGCUUUUCACCCCUGAUACCUGGCAUGCGUUUCGGGGCAGAUGACAAACCCGAAUCCACACAAAAGGCUCUAUGAUCGGGAAGAAAAUAACAUUUGAAAAUAUUAUCCGGGAGGGAAAUACAGUCGCGAUCCAGGCGAAUUUGCGAAGCUUUGUUUGGACCCGACCAUCGGGGAGCAUCACUGACAAUAGAGAUUUUGCCCCACGCCGUGCGUUCAGAGCACCGGGGAUGUCCGUCAGCAAAAGUAUGGAGUGGGAGCAUUUCGAGGAGCGGGACAGGACGCACCGAGCCUCCAGGGGGUCCGGUUCGGGCUCCCAGGCAGGCUGCAGGGGAAACGGGCUGGUACCGAGCCCGGCGCAUAGCGCUCACUGCAGUUUCUACCGCACACGCACAUUGCAGUCGCUAACAUCGGAGAAGAAAGCCAAAAAAGUGCGCUUUUACCGUAAUGGGGACAAGUACUUCAAGGGCUUGGUGUACGCCGUGUCUAAUGACCGAUUCCGGUCCCUGGACGCGCUCCUCAUGGAACUGACCCGGGCGCUGUCGGACAACGUCAACCUGCCCCAGGGGGUCCGCACUAUUUACUCAGCGGACGGGAGCAAGAAGAUCACAAGCCUGGAGGAGCUGGUGGAAGGCGAGAGCUACGUCUGCGCCUCCAACGAGCCCUACCGCAAGGUGGAGUACACCAAGAACGUCAACCCAAACUGGUCGGUGAACGUGAAGACGACGGGGGCGGUGGCCCGUUCGCCCUCCUCCCUGAGCUUGCAACGUGGAGAGCAGCGCGAGAGCAAGGAUUUCAUCAAGCCCAAGCUGGUGACGGUGAUCCGUGGCGGCGUCAAACCCCGCAAGGCUGUACGCAUCCUGCUCAACAAGAAGACCGCCCACUCCUUCGAGCAGGUGCUCACCGACAUCACUGAUGCCAUUAAGCUGGACUCGGGGGCGGUGAAGAGACUCUACACGCUUGAGGGAAAGCAGGUCAUCUGCCUGCAGGACUUCUUCGGCGAGGAUGACGUGUUCAUCGCCUGUGGCCCAGAAAAGUUCCGGUACGCCCAGGACGACUUUGUUCUGGACCACAGCGAGUGCCAAGUGCUCAAAUCCUCGUACGCCCGCGCCUCACCUUCCGCCAGGCCCCCGGGAUCCAAGAGCCCCGGACUCACACGACGGAACAAAUCCCCGGUUACAGUAAGAAGAGCUGGACAGUUCUCCACCAGCCAAUCACCAGUCAAGUCUCCAGUCAAUGGGACCCCCGGAAGCCAAAUGUCCACACCCAAGUCCACCAAGUCCUCCAGCUCCUCCCCCACCAGCCCACGGAGCUUACGCACCUUCAAGAUUCCUCCUCACCACAGUUCGGCGUCAAACAUCAACGGGGCCGCGGAACUCACGAGGAGCCUGAGCCCAGAAGUGAAUGGGAACAAAAGUCUGUCCUCCUCCGUAAUCCUGGAGAAGUACAAAGUGGGGAAAGUCAUCGGGGAUGGAAACUUCGCUGUCGUGAAAGAAUGCGUGGAGCGGUGUACAGGAAAGGAAUAUGCCUUGAAAAUCAUAGACAAGACCAAGUGUGCUGGGAAGGAGCAUUUGAUCGAGAACGAGGUUGCAGUCCUUCGACGGGUCAAACACCCAAACAUCAUCAUGCUCAUCGAGGAGGUAGACACCUCCAGCGAGCUCUACCUCGUCAUGGAGCUGGUCAAGGGCGGGGACCUCUUCGACGCCAUCACCUCCUCCACCAAGUACACGGAGCGUGACGCCAGCGUCAUGGUGAAUAAUCUGACCUGCGCCCUCAAGUACCUGCAUGGCAUGAACAUCGUGCACCGGGACAUCAAGCCGGAGAACCUGCUGGUUUGCGAGUACCCUGACAACACCAAGUCCCUGAAGCUAGGAGACUUCGGCCUGGCCACGGUGGUGGAGGGGCCCCUGUACACCGUGUGUGGGACGCCCACCUACGUCGCCCCCGAGAUCAUCGCCGAGUCUGGGUACGGCUUAAAGGUGGACAUCUGGGCGGCCGGCGUCAUCACCUACAUCCUGCUGUGCGGCUUCCCCCCGUUCCGCAGCGAGAACAACCUUCAGGACGACCUGUUUGACCAGAUCCUGCUGGGCCAGCUUGAGUUCCCUUCGCCGUACUGGGACAACAUCACUGACUCGGCCAAGGAGCUGAUUAGCCGGAUGCUGCAGGUGAACGUGGAGGCCCGCUACACGGCCGAGGACGUCCUCUCGCACCCUUGGGUCACCGAAGACGCCGCGAUGGAGAACAACAUGAAGGCGGAGGUGACAGGUAAACUAAAGAAGCACUUUAAUACGUCACUAAAGGAGAACAACAGCACCACGGCCGCAGUGUCCGUGAUCAUGUAGGGGGCAGGCUGGAGCUCGUUCGCGAGCGGCCUGGCAAAGGGAGGGGUCUUCACUGGAGGCUCACUGCUGUAGCGUAGAGGGAGCGACGAGCACCGCACCCCCCUCCCCUCCUCCCUGAAAUCCCCCCACACCCCCGCCCUCCCGGGACGGCAGGAGGAGCCCGCCGACAAACCCUGGGGUACAUGACAAACGGAGCUAACUGCUGGGCCACGUGGAGCCCUUAACUGUCCCUAAUCGUCCCGCGGCUCAUGGGUGUGAGGCCCGCCACCCUUUCCUCCUCCCGGUUGACCCUCAGGCUUCCACCUCUGCCAUCGCAAAGACCUGCUAACCCUGUCACUCUGUCAUGCUGUGUCCAUCGAGCACCAUUAAUAAAUCAUUGCAGACGCAUAUAUUGCUACACUGUGCUGCGUCAGAUAACCGUGUUUAUCGGCUACAGUUUUUCAUUCGUCUCAAGUGCUUUUUGUUGCUGGCCGGUUUAUUCUGCAUGCGCGGUUGCUGAGACUGUGCUUACUGAAAGGAUUCAUGUCCGUUUGCCUCUCUCUGUCACUUUGUCAUGCUAAUAUUAAUGUUACUCCGGGUGUAAGUGGAUUCUUCAGAUGGCACUUAGGAGUCAAUUGCAAUUCACAAAAUUUCAUUCGUCAGUCUGUUUCUAAAAUUCCUCACUACAGUCUGAAUAUGUAGUGGAUCAGGCCGAUUGGGCGCCACAUUCGGAAGUAACGGUUUUAAAAGUGGAACGCUGGUGCCAUCUUGUGGUUAAACGUUGUAUUACAUAAUUGUAUUACAACAAUUGUAAAACCACGAUAAAGAUGAUGGAGACUGAUGCAAAAAAAUUUUAAAUAUAUAUAUUGCCUUGGAUACAAAAUUGCUUUAGUCUAAAUCAAAAAUGCAAUAUGCCCCAGUUUGAAAGUCUAUGUGUCACCUUGUUGGGUUUAUAGCGGUUUCAAAGGGCUCAGUCCUGAGAAGUGUGUUUUUAAAUGUACGUACGAUGUGUGAACUGUAUCUGUUCUGCUUUUAGUAAGACUAGUCUCUGUCCCCUUUGCCUCCUCCCUGUUCCUCGUCCAAACGCCUGCAUUGCUACUUCUGAUUAGCUCCAAGGCAAUGGUAUGUACUAACAACUCACUCACCGCUUUGCAUCUGUCUGCGAAUCAGUAACGCACUUAACGCCAAAGUGUGUGUGUGUGUGUGUGGGGUAAACCUGCAUGCUUACGCACUCAUCCACGAGUCUCGCUUGGAGAUCUGAGGCCUUGUGGCAAAGCGAGGACGUUUCCCGUUCCUUCCCCAUGCCGCAUGCUGAGAUCGUUGUCUGCUUUCCGGUCGGUUGCCGUGGCGAAGAGUGACGCCUCGCUGGCGUGCGCCAGGCGACCUCCUCGUCACGUGUCCACAGGCACGAUGGUGAGAGGAGUUGGUCACAUGACCCCUCCCCUCCCCACACACACACACACACACACGCUCAGCCCUGUCUAGUGACCCAAGGCAUAAAGUAACCUCUUCUCCAUGUCUGCUGGUUCUGGGCUAACAGGCAGGGUGGGGGCGGAGUUCCGGGCCUUCCUGUUGACUUUCUGAUCUACUAUAGUCCCACCCCCCCCCGAAUUCCUCCAUUCAGCCAUUUUGGUUUCUUCUUCUCUGUAAUAAGUCUCCCCCCCUGCUCCGGCUGAUACGACUUUGCUCUGCAGAACACGGCUCUAGAUAAGAAGAUCCUGCUCACCAAGAGGUCUCCAGAUGUCCGUGCCAUGCAGCCUGCCAAUGGCGUGCACCCCCCGCCUGCCCCCGCCGCUGUCUCAUCACGGCCCCCCGCCUUCGCUGCCG